AUUAGCGCAGCGCCAUCGCCGCGGAAGGUCCAGGGGCCUGUUCUGUAAGCGGCGCGACUUAGGGAGGCCCAGGCGGGCGCCUGCAAGUCGGGUGCGCGGCUCGGGGGCGGCUUGGAAACCCCAGCGGAAGGCAGCAAGGGGCGCGUGGGGCAGUGGAGUCACGAAGCUGGGCGGCAAAAGGGGCGGCCUGGAGCUCCCGCGGAGCACAGCGCGUGCGUGAGGGCAGCCGGCUGGGCUGCCCGGCGCGGGUGUCCCGGCGAUGUGUGGCGCUGAGGCGGCGGCGGGAGCAGCGGCGCCGAGCUCUGCUUCGGCUUCGGUUUCGCAGCGGUGCAGGCGGCGGAGGCGGAGGCGCAGGCUACUCUUUAGGACCUGGCGAGCCCGGGUCUAAGCGGCGGCCCCACGAGGCCCCUGCACAGCGCCCCGGGUGGAGGCCCUCCCCGCCUCGCCCUACCCCGGGAGCCUGACUCCCCAGCCGGGGAUGAGGCUAGGAGGCGGCCGCGCGGGGCCCAGCACAAAGACUUGUCCCCAGGGGCCGCCGCCUCCGCCGCUGCUGCUGCCGCCAGCCUAGAGCCGCCCGCCGAAGCAGAGCCGGCUCCGGGGUCCUCAUCCCCACCGGUCCCGAGGGGCGGCUGCCUCCCAUCGCCACGAGGCCCAGGGGCCCGAGUGCCGAGCCCUUUGCUUCCUCGGCCGCGCGGGGACAGGGCGGCUGCGCAGCCUCUGCCUCUCCCGGCUGUGGGGGCCCCACUGAGUAUGUCGGAGGAGAGCGACAUGGAGAAAGCCAUCAAGGAAACUUCCAUUUUAGAAGAAUAUAGUAUCAAUUGGACUCAGAAGCUGGGAGCUGGAAUUAGUGGUCCAGUUAGAGUCUGUGUAAAGAAAUCUACUCAAGAACGGUUUGCACUGAAAAUUCUUCUUGAUCGUCCAAAAGCUAGAAAUGAGGUACGUCUGCACAUGAUGUGUGCCACACACCCAAACAUAGUUCAGAUUAUUGAAGUGUUUGCCAACAGUGUCCAGUUUCCUCAUGAGUCCAGCCCUAGGGCCCGACUCUUAAUUGUAAUGGAGAUGAUGGAAGGGGGAGAGCUAUUUCACAGAAUCAGCCAGCACCGGCACUUUACAGAGAAGCAAGCCAGCCAAGUAACAAAGCAGAUAGCUUUGGCUCUGCGGCACUGCCACUUGUUAAACAUUGCGCACAGAGACCUCAAGCCCGAAAAUCUGCUUUUUAAGGAUAACUCUUUGGAUGCCCCAGUGAAGUUGUGUGACUUUGGAUUUGCCAAGAUUGACCAAGGUGACUUGAUGACACCCCAGUUCACCCCUUAUUAUGUAGCACCCCAGGUACUGGAGGCGCAAAGAAGGCAUCAGAAGGAGAAAUCUGGCAUCAUACCUACCUCACCGACGCCCUACACUUACAACAAGAGCUGUGAUUUGUGGUCCCUAGGGGUGAUUAUCUAUGUGAUGCUGUGCGGAUACCCUCCUUUUUACUCCAAACACCACAGCCGGACUAUCCCAAAGGAUAUGCGAAGAAAGAUCAUGACAGGCAGUUUUGAGUUCCCAGAGGAAGAGUGGAGUCAGAUCUCAGAGAUGGCCAAAGAUGUUGUGAGGAAGCUCCUGAAGGUCAAACCAGAGGAGAGACUCACCAUUGAGGGAGUGCUGGACCACCCCUGGCUCAAUUCCACCGAGGCCCUGGAUAAUGUGCUGCCUUCUGCUCAGCUGAUGAUGGACAAGGCAGUGGUUGCAGGAAUCCAGCAGGCUCACGCGGAACAGUUGGCCAACAUGAGAAUUCAGGAUCUGAAAGUCAGCCUCAAACCCCUGCACUCAGUGAACAACCCCAUUCUGCGGAAGAGGAAGUUACUUGGCACCAAGCCAAAGGACAGUGUCUAUAUCCACGACCAUGAGAAUGGAGCCGAGGAUUCCAAUGUUGCCUUGGAAAAACUCCGAGAUGUGAUUGCUCAGUGUAUUCUCCCCCAGGCUGGAGAGAAUGAAGAUGAGAAGCUGAAUGAAGUAAUGCAGGAGGCUUGGAAGUAUAACCGAGAAUGCAAACUCCUAAGAGAUACUCUGCAGAGCUUCAGUUGGAAUGGUCGUGGAUUCACAGAUAAAGUAGAUCGACUAAAACUGGCAGAAAUUGUGAAGCAGGUGAUAGAAGAGCAAACCACGUCCCAUGAAUCCCAAUAAUGACAGCUUCAAACUUUGUGUUUUUUUUAAUAAUUUGAAAAAUUAUUCUUAAAUGUAUAAUUUUAUGUAAAUUAAUAAAUCAUAAUUUCAUUUCCACAUUGAUUAAAGUUGCUAUAUAGAUUUAGGGUGCAGGACUUAAUAAUAGUAUAGUUAUUGUUUGUUUUUAAGGAAAGCUCACAUCUAGAGAUACACUAUUACUUUAGGACUGUGUAGUUGUAUAUUUGUAAGAUGACAGAUGAUGCUGUCAAGCAAUAUUAUUUUAUUUGUAAUAAAAUAUACAAAAAUCACUUGCCAGCAGUAGAUAAAGGACCGACUAUACUGACCUUUCUGAUUAGUAAACAGUUGAAUUAAGGAC